UUAUUAUUAGUGGUAUAAUCAUAAGCAGUACUUUAAAUUGUCGGACAAAGUCUCAGAAAUGGAAGAAAAAAUCAAUACAGAUUCUAAAGAACAUGCUGUUGAAAUUUUACAACAAUUAAAUGAAUAUCGUAAAACUGGACGUCAUUGUGAUUUCAUGAUCAAAGCUGGAUCUGAGGAACUUCCUGUUCAUAAGAAUAUUGUGUCGGCAAGUUCCGAUUAUUUUAAAGCAAUGCUAUCUCAUGAAAAUGUUGAAACAAAAUCUGGUGUCGUUGAAAUAAAGGAAUUUGAUGAAGUUUGUGUUAAAAAAUGUGUUGAUUUCAUUUACACUGGGGAUGCUUAUGUUGCCAAAGAAAAACGUGAAACGCUCAUGAGUGUUGCUCACAUGAUGCAGCUGCAAAGACUUUGUGAUAGUAUCGCAAUUUUUCUGGAAGAUGAUCUUGAUCCUAAAUCGUUUUUUCAAACUAAAAAAAUUGCGAAUAGGUACAACUGUAAACAACUUGAGGAAAAAUGCAAUCAAUUUGCAUUGCAACGUUUCAAAGAAAUUGCUCAGUCUGAUGAGUUUAUGGAUCUUAAUGAAAAAUUUAUUUCAUUUCUAAUGGAAUCAAAGGAAACAAAAGCAAAGGAAGAAGUGAAAUGUAAGAUGUUGUUAGCAUGGACCAAACACGAUAUUGAUGAAAGAAAAGAAUAUUUUCUUGGUUUGGUGAUGAAAUUUGAGUUGACAAAAAUGAAUUUGUCAUAUAGAAGAUUUCUUGUUGAAAAUGAACCACUGAUAUUUGAAUCCGCAAAAUCUCUUCAGUCAUUGACUUUGUCAAUUUUAGACAGCCAUCUUGGGGAUACUAUUUCAAAAGAUGUCAAUUUGGCAGAAAAUAAACAGCUUGUUGUUUUUGACAAAACUUCUGGAAGAAUGCAUUCAUGUGAUGUUUAUGAUAAAACAUGGACACCAAUGCAAACCAUAGAUGAAGCUAUUAUACAGAAUACAUUAUAUUCUGCUGUAGUGAUGGAAUCUUACAUUUAUGUGAUUUGUACAAAUAUAUCGUUUUAUAGACUUGAAUAUGCUGAAUCAAAUGCAAAGUGGGAACAAAUGACAAAUCCAAAUCUUCAGAAUGCACGUGCAGUUGCACUUGAUGAUUUUGUUUAUGGUAUUGAGUAUGGAAGCUACUCAAACAUUAUGGAAAGAUAUGAUCCAUCAAAUAAUAGAUGGACCAGACUAACAAACAAAUCAUUGAUCCUAGCUCUUGAAUCUUUGGUGGCUGCUGAUGGAAAGGUGUUUUGUAUUGCUGGACAAUCUAAGCAGCAAUAUCAAGCAACAAACCAAGUUGAGAUUUAUGAUCCUGUCACAUCAACUUGGUCAAUGGAUAAUAGAUCAUUGAAUGAAGCAAGAUAUUAUGCUUCUGCAACUGUCACAGAGGAAGGAAUAUAUGUUAUGGGAGGUUGUAAUGUUAAUAGUAAUACUAAUAGUGUUGAAUUUUGUUCAUCUGUAACUAAAACCUGGAUGAUGUUGAAACCAAUGAAAAAUGCAAGAUCAGAGUUUAGAAGUUGUGUGAUUGAUGGGAAAGUUUAUGUCAUAGGUGGAAAUCAAAAUUCUGCAAAUAUAGAAGAAUAUGAUCCUGAAACAAAAGAAUGGAAAAUCAUUGAAACAAUACAAGAAAAAAGUAUAGCUCCCCUGGCAACUGUUGUAAUAUCUAUCUAA